AUGCAACAACCACUCGGCGGGGUUGCCUGGUGCCCGUAUGGGCAUUUGCUGUAUCUUUUUCGCCCUGCGAUUGCUUCAUCGGUUGCACGAAAGUGUCGAAACACACUCGACCCUCUCGAGGAGCCACGAGAGGGAUGGGACGCUUGUCGUCCGUCUGCUCCGCUAGUCUCAGACCCGCUGCGCUUGUUACAACCGCACACCACUUUCUACGUAGACCCCUCGUAUCUGUGA